GGCGAGGGGCGGAGUGAGUCACAAGCAACAUGGCGAGCGGGGUUGGCAAACACAAGCUGCUGUCUCUGGGCCCGACCGAGCCCUGGUCAGUGAGAGAGAAGCUUUGCCUGGCCUCCUCUGUCAUGAAAAGCGGUGACCAGAACUGGGUUUCUGUCAGCCGAGCCAUUAAGCCUUUUGCUGAGCCAGGUCGGCCCCCGGACUGGUUCUCCCAAAAGCACUGCGCCUCCCAGUACAGUGAGCUCCUGGAGACCACCGAGACCCCAAAGCGGAAGAGGGGGGAGAAGGGGGAGGUGGUGGAGACGGUGGAGGACGUCAUCGUGCGCAGACUCACAGCGGAGAGAAUCGAGGAGCUGAAGAGGCUGAUCAAAGACACACAGGAGAAACACAGGAAGCUGAAGAAGGAGGCGGAGCUAAUCCAGGCGGGCCAUCUGGACUCCAAGCUGGAGGAGCUGUGGGGGGAGAUGCUACAAAAGAAGAAACAGGAGGAGGAAGAGGCGGAGCUGAAGAGGAAAGCCACUGAUGCAGCCUAUCAAGCGCGACAGGCAGUGAAGAACACCCCGAAACGUGUUCCCAGCGUGACGGUUCGCUCCCCACUGGGCGCCAGCUCACCCAGCCUGGAGUUCCCCCUGGUGGACACGCCCCAGUCGACGCCCGACGACCCGGUCGCCACGCCCACUACUCCAGGGGCUGCAGUGUUCAUGCCCCUCCCUGAGGCGACGGGGCCUAGCGCAGCAGAGGCCAGCCUGGGGACUCUCCUGGACGACUCCCCGCAGAAGAAGCUCCUCGGCCAGAAGGCCACCCCUCCGCCCUCCCCUCUGCUCUCAGAGCUGCUGAAGAAGGGCAGCCUGCUGCCCACCAGCCCCAGACUGGUCGGAGAAGGAGACGUUCCCGCGGGUCACAUGACCGGAGGGCACGGGCCAGACCUUCAGCUCACAGCCUCCGCCAUGACUGCAUCCCAGGCGGCAACAGGUGCUCCCACGCUGUCCCGUCUGCUGGAAGCUGGCCCCGCCCAGUUCCCGUCCCCUUUGGGCUCACUGGCCACCGCUGACCCCUCCAACACCCCCCCCACCACUGCUGCCCCCCCUCUGCAGGACACCCCCGCCUCGCUCAGCGCAGGAGUGGUGGACGCGCGGGCGGUGUCCGUCGGAAGCCCCCCCGCAGGUGAGGGAAAGGCAGGUGAGCUGGGCGACGAGGACCUGGUCACCGUGUCCUACAUGGGAGACGAACUUGACCUGGAGACUGUGGGUGACAUCAUCGCCAUCAUAGAGGAGAAGGUGGAGGACACUGCGGAGGUUCUGGACGCCGCCGCGGUGGAGGCGGCUCUGUCUCUGUGCGAGGAAGCAGCCGACGGCCACGCCCUGUCGGGGCCCUGGGAGGCCGGGCCCUUCAAACCCCCCGAGCCGGGCCCCGCGGCCCCGCCCGGCUCCGCGGGCGUCUCCGCCCACUGCGGCCUGGAGAAGAAGAAGGAGCUGCCUGAGGAGAAGGGUGUGGCCCUGGGCCCUGCCUCACUGGACAGCACGGCCGGCCACCCGCACCACACACCCGUCCCCGCCCCCUCCGCCACCCUGGACCACGCCCACGGCCUGGGGGCGCGCCUGGAACCCGACACCCAGGGCGGGGCCAGCAGGGAGGAGGAGCACAGAGAGGGAAGCCCCGCCUCCCCACGCAUCAGCAUUAAGUGUGAAAACGAGGAGUGGACACAGACGGGAGCUGAUACACCCUGUGCAGACUCAGUGAUGGAGGACGGCUCUUCAUCAGGGAAGCACUCUAAGGAGGUGAAAGAGGAGGACGGAGGGAGUGACGGGGACGAGGAGAGUGUCUCCGAGACGAAGGACUGCGGAGAGGGGGACGGGGGGGAGGAGUGCGGGGGCGACGCGGAGGGGGCGGAGGCGUACCUGUCGGAGGCGGACCUCGAACCCGCGGCCAGCGAGAGUGAGGACGGAUACAGCCUCCACACCGCCUCCUCCCUGCAGAUGCACAACACCGCCGACUCCAUCCCCAGCAGCCCUGCCUCCUCCCAGUUCUCCAUGUGCAGUGAGGACCAGGAGGCUAUCCAGGCACAGAAGAUCUGGAAGAAAGCCAUAAUGCUUGUGUGGCGAGCGGCAGCCAAUCACAGGUAUGCCAACGUGUUCCUGCAGCCGGUGACGGACGACAUUGCGCCUGGGUAUCACAGCAUUGUACACAGGCCCAUGGACCUGUCCACCAUAAAGAAGAACAUCGAGUCGGGUCUGAUCCGGUCCACGGCGGAGUUCCAGCGCGACAUCAUGCUGAUGUUCCAGAACGCUGUGAUGUACAACAGCUCAGACCACGACGUGUACCACAUGGCCCUGGAGAUGCAGCGAGACGUGCUGGAGCAGAUCCAGCAGUUCCUGGCCACCCAGCUCAUCAUGCAGACCUCCGAGUCCGGCAUCAGCGCCAAGAGCCUGCGGGGACGGGACUCCACCCGCAAGCAGGACUCCACCGACAAGGACAGUGUCCCCAUGGCCUCUCCUGCCUUCCUUCUCUCUCUUUUUGAUGGGGGCACCAGAGGGCGCCGCUGUGCCAUCGAAGCCGACCAGAAGAUGAAAAAGUAAGCCGGAGGGGAGAGAGAAGAGCCACUCUGGCCCCUCAGAUUUCACCUCACAGUAACGCAGGGUUCUACCGACGCGACGAGAACAUUCGUGUGACACUUUUACCUCUCGGCCCGCUAAUGCUAACGCUAAACAAUCCCACCUUCUGACUGACUGAGCAAGGAGAGGCGCCCCGAAAUCUGGCACCGAAACGAGGGAGGGGGACCCCGUCCUGGGGAGGCCGCUCGGCCAGGGAAGGUGCGCUGUCCGACAGGGGAGUUACGGUUGUUGGAUACGGGACAUUUGUGUGUGUCUGGCACGGAAGGUGUGUGUGUCCGUUUGAAAUCAAAACAAACAAGAA